UGUUUUUUUAAAAAAAGGAAAUCAGUAAAGAAUAAAUUUUUCUGCUUUCGAUUUUUCUUUUAUUUCCAGUAUUGAUUAUUAGCAAGGAAUGUCAAUUUUUUAAAAAUAUUUUUUUUAAUAUUCCAUAGUUAUUUUUAUUUUAUGAAUCAAAAAGAAGAAAGGAAAUUUUUAUUUAUUUCAAAAUUUAUUUGAAAAAUUCGACAGAUAUUUUUUUAAAACAAUUUCUUGAUAAAACGUAAAUAAUUAUAAAGUAUUAAUUUUGUUUUUAUCAGAAGUUAAUAAUUUUUAUUUUUAUAAAACUUAAAAUUAAGUUUUUUUUUUUGCAACUGAAGGAUGUUAUUACAUCAACAAAAAAUAUAUAAUUUUAAAGUUGUUAGAAAAAUUUAUUUUACAGCAGAGAUUUGAUAUUUUUGUUGUGUUGAAAAAAAGGAGAUAAUUUUUUUAUUUCAAGAAUUUGAUUUUUUUGAGUUUAUAUUAAUCUUAAAUAAAUAUUCGAGGCUCAAUUAUUUUUUAAAAAAUAAUGCAUUUGAAUUUGAAGAUUUCGUUUGGCUUUCGAUGUUAUCGAAUAUAUUAUUUCGAUAUAUUAUUAUAUUAUAAUAAUUUUGACAAUAUAUUAUUAUAUAUAUAUUCCCUUCGUGGAAAAAGAGAGCGAUAUGAAAGUGAAAAUUGUAAGAAUUAUGUCUUACAAAUAUCUACACAUUGUCAAUUAUCUACACAUCAUUGUGAAUUGUGAUCGUGCAAUUUUUUUGUACAUAUGCUUCAUAUUAUUAUUGACGAUUAGAACGAUUAAGGUAAAGAGUUAUCAUUUUUUUUUCCGCUAUCAAUGUGGAUCAUUAAAAAAAAAAAAAAAAAAAUGGACUCGACAAAAAAAAGAAAGAGAAACCUUUCUCCGCAAGAGUGAGUUGACGAUAAGAAUAUGGGUAAAAAAAAUUAAAAGGACCCAAUAAUAUUAAUAAUAAUAAUUGAUAUUUGUCAUUCAGAAAUUUCGAUACGUGAUAUAUGUCUAAGGUUGAAUUUAUAUUUUAUUAUCAUGAUAAUCAUUUUACGAAUGCGAUAAAUUCGCGCUAGUUAGUAAGCUUAGAUUCAAUUUACGCUCUACUAUCCCUUUAAAUAAUAAACUUCAUUUCGAGACUAGCAUCUGCGAUUCGACAUUUAGAUUGUUCAUAUACGAUAGAUAAAAUUGUUGGAAAUUGUAAAAAUUUUAAAAAAUAUUUUUUUAUUUUUUUUUUAUAAAAAAAAUUCUGAAACGAAGUAACAUUUACAUAGUAUAAGCUUUUUUUAAUUUCUUCGUCUUCUUCUUCUUUCCUUCUGUUUUCUUCUUUUCUUGUUUUUUUUUUGUUUUCUUUUCCUCUAUAGUUUUUCUUAUUCUUGUCUGUUGUCUUCAUUUUAGAAAUGUUUAACAUUUUUUUUUAAGAUGUUUAAGAUUUAUAUACGAAUUUUAAUUAGUUUUAUUUUAAUUUGUUUAUAUUUAAUGUUACUUCAAUCUAUAUUAAUCUUUUGUAAAUAGUUAAACGUAUCUAUAAAAUUUUUUAAAUUCUUUUAAAGAGACUUAAUUUUAAUUAUAUGUAGUGUUAUUUUAAUUAUUUAAUUACUAAUGUUUAUUCAAAGUAUUAAUAAUUAUUAUUUUCUCUUUUAAUAGAAUGUAUCAAUAAAAAUUUUAUAUAUUUUUCAAUUGUUAAAAAAUGACACGAAAAAAUGUAUUUUUUUCUGAAGAAAAUAAAUUUAUAAUUCAAAAUCAAAUAAGUAUUAAAGAAAACUUUGAAUUAUUAAUUAAAAUUGUGUCAUUUCAAAAAUUUGAAGAAUUUAAAGAUGAGAUUAGUUUAUAUAAAAAAGGGAAGAAGAAGAAGAAACGAGAAAUUUGUAAAAUUAAAAAAGUAAUAAUUAUAAAAAGAAGUAAUAAAUAAUAAGAGAGAGGAAUGAAAGUGUAUAAAUAUAAAAAACGUUUUUUCUAUAAAAUCUUUACAAUUUCCAGUAUUUAUUUAAAAAAAAAAAUGUAAAAGAGAAAAAAACUCAAAAGCUGUCGAAUAUGAACAAUCUUAAGAAAAAUUAAAGAAAGACUUAUCUUGAAAUCUCAUAGAAAAAAAAUUGUAUUUCAAGUGCCGCAAAGAAAAAAAAAGAAGAAGAAGAAGAAGAAAAGACGUUUUUUAUAUAAUUAUGGUUAAUACAGAGGAAAUAUAUAGCUUUUAAAGCUAAGCUAAAAUUUCAUUGUUGGCACUGAUAAUCAUAAAUAAUGGCACGAUUAAAUCGGAUGAAGCGAUGAAGCUAUAUUUAAACAUAUUUUAAUAAGCAAAACGUUUAUCGAAAACAAAAAAUUUAUAUAUUAUACAUAAAAGACAGAGAGUGUUAUUAAUGAAGAGCUCCUUGUGGUUAUAGAAUUUAAGAAAGUAGUUUCAUUUUUUUUUUUUUUUUUUUUUUGAAAAAAUAAGAGAAGAAAAAAAUUUUUUUUUCUCUGAAUCGCUAAUCGCUAGCAAGCUCGAUGUAAUUUUUUUUCAUAUAUCAUAGGGCAGCUUAUUAUACCGAGAUUUGCUUAGCAUUGUGCACAAGACAAUUAUUAUUAAUAUAUUAUGUACGUAAAAAGAAAAAUAUUGAUUGCAUUGCCCAAUCAGUCAACUCUCGUCCUUUUGUGAGGGUUUAAAAAAAAAAACGUAAUGUGUAAAUUUGGCAUGUUCACGAUUUAAUAUCUAAUUUGUAAAUAGAUAUACGCGAAGAAUCUGUUUAAAAAAAAAAAAAAAAAAAUUCUCUUUUUGGGAACGAUAGUAAUAUGCUAUUUAUUUCUAAAUAAUAGUGAUUGUGAUUGUAUUAUUUAUAAUUAUCUAUUUAAGUCUGUUGUUUUCAAGUUUCGGUGAUGUUGAACAGAAAAUAUUGAAUUUGUACAUACAUAAAAUAAUAAAUAAAUAAAAAUCUUCUAGAAUUUCUUUUUAAUUAAAUUCAAAUUUUGAAUUUAAAAUUCCCGCUGAAAAUAAUUCGUUACUAUGUUGGUACUACUGUAGAUCUCGAUUGCAGUGUGCUGUGAAGUUAGUUUAUUCCUAUUGGAGGGAAAGGUCAGAACUUGAUCAUCAAUCUUUUAUUUAUAAAAAUUAAGUUUUUAAAUGAUUUCAUUAAUUAUAUUUUCAAAAUGAAUGUGAUUCGAAUGGGAAAUAAUAAAGUUAGACCUGUUAGAGGUCGAGGUAGAGGCAAAGGAAGAGAUAGUCUUUAUUGGAAGCCUGGUAUUGAUAAAUUGAUUACCAAUCAUUCUUUUGGUCAACCAAAAUAUCAAUCUUCUGUUAGCGAAUCUUCUCGAGGUUUAUUUAACAAUACACAACCGUCAUCAAGUGUUGUUAGAACUCCAAGCACUAAUCGUCGAAUUCCAGGAAUUCCAACCUCAUCCUCUAAAAUAAGGAGUUCUGCCUCUACAAAUCCUCAACAAACAUCAUCUUCUGAUCUUUUGGAUUCCACUGUUGUUAUGGCUAUAACAACAGGAAGAGGAGAUGCAAGAUGUGAAGUGGGAAUGGCGGCAAUAGAUGUUAAAUUUCCUCAUUUAAUUAUCAGUCAAAUAAGUGAUACUCAAACUUAUACAAAUACAAUGACAAAAAUUCACUUGUUUAAUCCUGUCGAGAUUUUGAUGCCAGAUACAAUUUGUGGAGAAGAUGAUCCACGAAAAACAUUAUACAAUGAUAUUAAAUUGAGAUUCAAAGAUAUUCAAAUCACGCCUGUUGGGCGAAUGCAUUUUAACGAAGAAAAUGGAUUAGAUCGUAUAAAAAUGCAUUGUAGUACAGAAUUCUCAAGAAUUGAAUUAUUUGUCAAAGAAAAAUAUUAUGCACUUGCUACAACCGCGGCUCUUUUGAAAUAUGUCGAACAAAUUCAGCGAAUAAUCUAUGAACCAAAAUCAAUGAAAAUCGAAUUUCAAGCAUCUCAGGGUUCAACUAUGAUAGAUGUCGAAAGUGCAAUAAAUUUAGAAUUAGUUUCAAGUCAAGGUCCUCAAAGGAGUCACAAUCUUUUUUCAUCUCUCGAUAGAUGUGUAACUCCAAUGGGAAGACGACUUUUACGUUCAUCACUUUUGCAGCCACUUUGCAAUCGUGAUGCAAUUUUAGAAAGACAAACAUGUAUCUCUGAACUUGUUCAUAAUAGAAAUCUUCAUACGCUUCUUCAGCCAAUUAUAAAACAACUUUUUGGUGCUGAUCGAAUGCUUGGACUUUCAAUGCGAACAACAGUUACCAAAGAUACAAUUGAAUCUGCGGAAAGAAAUUUAAAUUAUAUUUUACUAUUGAAAACAUGUUUGGAUGUAAUUCCUCAACUUGCUGACGCGCUAGAUAAAGCAAUGUCGCCAAAAUUUGUGAAAAUUCGCGAGAAUUUAAAAGAUCCUCGAUUUGAAAAUAUGAAGGAACAAAUUUUACAUAUUGUCCAAAGCGACGCGAAAUCUGUAAACGGUUAUACUUCUGCGAAUAUGCAAAGAUGCUUUGCCCUAAAAAGUGGAAUAAAUGAUAUGCUUGAUGUCGCUCGACAAACCUACUGUGAACUUAUGGAACAAACGACAAUUUUAGUAGAUUCACUCGCUCAGGAAUAUCAUCUUCCGUUAACAAUCGCUUGCAACGCAUCUUUAGGAUAUCACAUUCAAAUGCAAAUGCCAAAACAACCAAAUUUUAAAAUCAGUGAUCUUCCUUGUAUUUUCAUAGAGGUGCAAAAGAAACGAAACAUUCUUAACAUGACAACGUAUUUAUUAAUGUCAUUAAGUCAACAAUGUAAAGAGGCUCGUAACGAUUUACAUAUCAUGAGUAGUUGCAUUCUCGAAACGUUAAUUAACAACUUGAGAAAUCAAAUCGGUUGUUUGUUUCAACUUAGCGAGGAUAUUGCAGAAUUGGAUCUUGUCAUGUCCCUCGCGAGAAUUAGUUCAAUUCCUGAUUUUGUGAAACCAAAAUUUGCUGAAAAUUUGCGAAUUAUUGAAUCUAAACAUCCUAUUGUCGAUCUUCUUGCCAAUCAACUUCCAAGACCAAAUAAUAUUGAAGCUUCAAUGGCCUAUAAUUUUUGUAACAUAACUGGACCAAACAUGAGUGGAAAAUCUACAUAUUUAAAGCAAAUUGUACUUUUACAAAUUAUGGCCCAGAUUGGUUGCUACUUGCCAGCGAGGGAAGCCACUUUACGAAUUGCAGAUAGAAUUUUUUGUAGACUGUGCCCUACAUACGAGGAUAUUGAAAGUAACGCAUCUUCCUUCAUUCAAGAGAUAAGAGAAGUCGAGUACAUUUUACAAUUCAUCACUCCAACGUCUUUGGUUGUUUUGGACGAAAUUUGCAGAAGUACUAAUGGCGAGGAAGGUGCGCCUCUUGCUUUCGCAAUUUGUGAAUCGCUUCUUCAAUCAACGGCUUUUGUUUUUAAUUGCACUCAUUAUAUUAACUUGACUAAAUUGACAGAACUUUAUCACAAUGCUGUCAAUUAUUAUUUCGUGUGCGAACCAAAUGAAUUGGAUAAAUGGGGAUUAAAGUACACAUAUAAAUUGAGAAAAGGAAUCACUAAUGUCGAAAAUUAUGGAAUUUCAGCUGCAUCUGCCUCUCGUCUACCAAAAUCCAUAGUUGACAAUGCUAAGAAAAUUGUCACCGAAAUUGCCCCGCAUUUUAAGCCAGUUCCACUUGUUAGAGCACCAAAACUAUCCUGGGAAAAGGAUUGUUAUGAUUGUAUUGCUAAAUUUGUGGAUUUAAUUAUAUCUGAUGAAUUUACUCUCGAGAAUGUACAAAAAAUAAUUGAACCAUUGCGUGGUAAUAGAAAUUUAAAAAUGACCAAGAACAAUGAUCUUUUGUAUAGUGUUUUGGAGAAAAAUUUUCAAAAAGAAGCACCAAAUUAUCAAAAUAUCGUUGAUAAAUCACAAAUUGUUUCCAAUGCUGGAAAUUCUAAAAUCAUUCAAUGUAAUCCCGAUUAUUUAAAUAAUAUUAUUGUUUCCGAGACUGAAACUUUAAAUAUUCAUCAUCAAAAAUUUCAACAAAUGGACGAUAAUUUUUCCUUUAAAAUUCCCGCCAGUCCAUUAAUCAUUAAAAAUAAAAGAUCUGAUAAUAAAAUAAAUCAAAGGAACUCAAUUCAAAAUUCAGAUAUUGAAAUUUGCACAAAAGGAAAAAUAAACAAUAAAUUUAAAUAUAUUGAUAAAUCUCUCGAUUGUCGUAGAAAUCGUACAUUACACGAAUUUGGUUUUUCGAAGAAAAAAAUGGAUAAUAAAUGUACAUCGCAUUUACAAAAAUCUCCCAAUUAUGAUGAAACAACGAAUAACAGUUUCAAAUCACAGCUUUCGGAUGUAUCUAAUUUGGAAAUAGAAAAGAAUUUCAGUAAUUUAUCUUCCUAUUCUUCAGAUAUGACAAAUAUUUCUAAUUUACAUACACCAAAAAAUUGGCUUCAAGGCGAAAUCGUAUCUGCGAAUAAUUCAUUAAAAAGAAUCCGACAAUUUGAUGAUGAUGAUUGUGGAUCUCCAUCUCGUAAAAAUGGACAUUAUUUCAAAAAUUCAAGAAAUUAUCAAGACGAAAUUGAAACAGAAUUUUCGAAUAUUAGUUCUGAUCAACAAGAAACUACAUCUCGAAGCAAUAAUAAUUUAAAAGAAAAUAAUUGUCAAUUUGAUAACGAUAUUUCUAAUACAACAAAAUCUCAAGUGCCAAGUCUUUCGAUUUUUAGUCCUCGUUCUUCAAUUCAAAAUAAUGAAAUUCUCAGCGAAAAAAAUUGGUAUCCCGAUAAUAAUGAUAACAUUUCUCUUCGAUCACAAUCACGAAAAACAAGUUUCUCAACUUUUACACCAAAUCAAAGUUUAAUGGAAAGACAAUCUGUGAAUGAUGAAAAUUUCACAUCUUUUGAAAUGGAUUCGCACAAUGAUUUUCAUGAAAAAAAACAACAAUCCAGUGAUAGUUAUAAUUCUCCAAAACCAAGUAUUUCGAAUUUUACACCUACGAAAAUUUCACUUGAAAGUGAAAAUUAUAAUUGGCAAUUUAACAACAAUUCUCAAUCUAAUCAAGAUAAUUUUUCUAGAAGAUCAAAAUCUCAAACACCAAGUAUUUUGGAUUAUAAUAAUAGUCCCUCGCACAGUUCAUUACAAAAACAAAAUCUCACAAAUUUUAGUCCUUGUCGAAUUUCACUUGAAAAUCAAGAAUCACAAAACAGUUUCUUCGGUGGAAGUUAUCAUUCAAUUGAAAGUGUUUCUAGAUCUUAUUUAUCUCCAAGUUAUAGUCCCUUAAAAAUUUCCCAACGUGAAAAAAUUGACAAUUUUUCACAAACAAAAGAUGAGAAAAAUAUUUCGAAAAGUUGUUGGAAUUUAAAUGAAUUGAAAAAAAAUUCAAAUACAUUAUCCGAGAGGUUGAGUAUUUCUCAUAAUUCUUCUCAAUGUGAAAUUAAAUCUCAAAGCAGUCCUUUUGAGAUAAAAUCGAAUAAUUCAAAAAAUUCACCAUUAUGGAAAACAAAAUGUAGUCACAUUGAAAAUAAAUCGAAUACUUCUCGUCAUUCAUUUCAAGAUGAAAUGGAAACACAAAAAAAACUCUUAAGCCAAAAAUGGCAAUUUAUUGACAAUGAGGAAAAUUGCACGAACAAUGGGAAUAAUCAUCGAAUAGUGGAAUUAAAUAAUUCAAAAUCAUUGGGAUUAAAUCUCUUCAAAUUUCCAACAAAUCAAAUUCAAAUUAAAAAACCUCCAAUGUUUGAAUCUCUCGAUUAUUUUAAAAGAAAAUUAUCACCAAGUAGUCAAUUGAGCAUUAAUAAUUUCUCACAAAAAUCAUCAAUUUCGACUGAAAUCGAAUCCGAAGGUUUACUAUUGAAAAAACCGAAGUAUAACAACAAUAUGGAAAAUUUUCAAAUUAAUUCCAUAAUUAGUGAUUCAACAGAUGUGAAUUCUUUAUCGUCAUUUAAUACAGAAAAUUUGUCUCAUUCAUUAAUAUUGACUCCAAAGAAAAGUCAAAUUUUUUUCAAUAUAAAAAAAAAUUCACCAAAACCUUGUGAAUCACAAUCGAAUAAAUCGUCGAGUCAAAAUCAAAUUUCUUCUCUCGCUGCAAAAAAUUCACAAAAAUCUUUAUUUGACUCACAAUAUAAAUCGUUGAGUCAAAAUCAAAUUUUUUCUCAAAAAAAUUCACCGAAACCUUGUGAAUCACAAUCAUAUAAAUUGUCGAAUCAAAAGCAAAUUUCUUCUCUCGCUGUAAAAAAUUCACAAAAAUCUUUAUUUGACUCACAAUAUAAAUCGGCAAGUCAAAUUUCUUUUCUCACUAAAAAAAUGUCACCAAAUCCUUAUGGAUCACAUAAAUCGUCGAAUCAAAACGAUUUUUCCUAUUUUGAUAAAGGAAAUAAUAAUUUAUUUAAAAAAACUGAAGAUAUAGAAAAUUUUGAUGAUGAUAAUAAAAUUUCACAAUUUGAAUCAAUUAUCGAUGAGGAUACAUUAGAAUUUAAUGAUAUUUCUGAAUUUCCUUCACCAAAAAGACAGGAAACAAAUACAAGUGAAGCAUAUAUUAUUUCAUCAGAAGAUUCAAUUGAAGCUUCAGCAAAUAUUCGACGAAGAGAAGAUGCAAUAUUUCGGGAAAUUGAAGAAAAUGCCAAUGAUGGAGAAAUGUUUUUACAACGAAUAUUUAAUAGUCCUUUAUCAAUGGAAUAUUCAGAGGAACUUUGCUCCUGCAGUUAUUCAUCUACCGACAAAUAGUAAGAUAAUUAUUUUAUAUUUUUAUCGUUUAACGUUAUUUUAUUUUUAAGUAUUUAAUUAUUAGAAAUAGAAAAUUUUUAAUUUCUUAUCAAAUUUAAGAUAAUUUAAUUAAAUUUGUAACAAAUAAAAUUUGUUAAUUAUUAUUAGAAUUCUUUUUGUAAUUAAAUUUAAAUUGUUAAUAUUUAAUUAAAAAUUAAAUUAAAAUAUUUAUUUAUAAAAAUGUAAAAUUUGAUUAAUAAAUAAAAAAAUGUGACAUUCUUUAUAAA